CGGCGACAGCCGGUUGUUCCUGGACGGGUCCCGGCAGCGGACCGUCACCCUCUCCUCGUCGGACGACGUGGACAUCGAGCAUACGACGUCGUUCCUGUGGCAUGCUGGCUCGUCGGCGGCGACCGCGGUCCCAGCGACGUCGUCCUCGUCGGACGACGACGAACACAAGUGGCGCAUCAACAACGAUCUGACGUACGAGUCGUCGAUUACCUUACGCUCGCGGCUCGCCAUAAUUCACGCGCGAACCAUUCACCGCUCGCUAAACUUGACCUCUCCUCUCGGCGAGGUCUUCACGUCCGUCACCCUGUCGCCUCUUCUGCUUCUGCGAACACUGCUGAUCGCAGUGUCGGGUAAGGUUGGCUUUAUGAUCCUCAUUUAGACAUAAAUAAAUAUAGAUAUAUCGCGGUCGAACUAUAGUUUCAUCUAUUUUUUUUUCCAAAGUGAAAUUGGAGUAUAUUUAGAGGGGCCUUGAAGAAGACGCAGAAGUGACGUACCAAAUGAACGGAGCGUCCUUCUUUCUUUCUCGUCCACUUUGACAUAUAUGUAUAUGUACGCGUGUAUACAUGUGUUGCCUGCAUGCGCAGAAUGGAUCUUCCGCCUGCGGUCGUUAUACGAUUUAUUUUGGUUGUCGGUGUUUUGCUGCGCACGUGUCGAUGAAUUUCUCUCGCUCCAAUACCUACUGCAUCUGUUGUAAACAAUUGUCUAAUGAUAAUCACAGAGAUAUAUUUGAUGAGAAUUUGUUGAUCGAGUCACAGGAAAAUAAUGCAAACAAGGAAUUUGAUAAAUGCAUGAUACUAAAAGAGGCUGUCGAAUUAAUUACUGGAUAUGUGAUAUCAAAAGUAAAUAAUGCAGUUUUGUGCAAAAUAUGCUUCAAAAAGGUAGAAUCUUAUAUAAAAUUUCGAUCUCAACUCAUCAUAUCAUUUGGAAGAUCCAAUAAUACCCAAGUUUCAAACAUCAAUUUGUCAAAUUCUACAAGUAUGAAAAUUACAGAAACUUUAAACACGCAAACCACCAACACAGGAACAGAAGUAUUAAAGGGAAUAACAAAUGAGAAUAAUGUACUUACAAACUCUGGUGACUCGUCAAACAGUGGAUUUGAGAUUAAUGACUCCUCAACUUAUUGUAAUGAACUGCCAAACUUUCAAUCUGACAUUUCUGAUUCCACCAGUGAUUUUGAUAAUACUUCAAGUGUUGAUACAUCUGAUCCCAAGAGAAAAAGCGAUAUAGAGUCAGAUGUAAAUGUGUGCUCCGGCGAAGACAGUGAUGAUGUAUUAGAAUUAGCUGUCCAAUAUAAACAUAACGAUACUAUCAGUACCAGUCUGAUUGAAUCCGAGGAAGAUUAUGAUUAUGGACCGACUGUCAAGAAAUUUAAAAUUUCGUGUUUUUAAACAAAUUUUAUUCCAAUUUUUUAA